AUGCUUCAAAAGGUCGUCUUCACGGCGGCGCUGCUGUUGGCCUCGUCGACCCAACCAGCCGCUGCGACUCGAUCCGACGGGACCCCCAUCUGCGAUUAUUAUACCAAGGAACUCUAUGGAGAUAACACAAAGAACAAUCAGCUCAAACUCAUGACGAGCAUCGUCGCGUUUGCGUACGCUGGAGGAGAAAAGUUGAAAAAUGCCGACAAGAAUAGCACCGGCAUUUUCAACGUAGGCUCGUUUGACAACAAAGCUCUCUACCUGCGCCCGUACUUUGAUGGGUCAAUGAACACGACAAACCUCAAUGAUCAAGCGGUGGUACUCAACUGGCUUGAUGGCGGCGGCGUGGAUCCGUUGCGAGCCUUUAUCAAUGGCACAAAAGACACAGCCAACAUCAAGAAGGGCACCAACCAAUACACUCUCUUCACGCAUUGGUAUGUUGCGUUUGGUCGCAUCUACGGCUGCAGCGAGGUCGAAAACUUUCUCGAUCAAAAGUACAAGACGCUCAUGCCGGCCUAUGUUCACAAAUACAUGGACCUCGACAAGGCCAAGAUUGCGUACUUUAUCCGCCAGCUCAUCCUGGCUAGCAAGUACUACGGAUUUACCGAGCAGGAUGCCAACACUCUCGAGCAAUACAUGAACAAUCGCUACAACAUUCGAUGCGCACCCGUGGAAAAGAAUAUGCUCAACUCCAUCUGCUUCGCCAAGGAUUGCCCACUCGCGCUCCCAAAGUCCGACUGCGACGCCUACAAAGAAAUCAAGCCAUACGGCGUAAGUGACGAUCCCUCAGAAACGCCCAGCGCCACUGGAACCUCGCCUGCCGCACCCACAAACACCGGCGGCAGCGGCAGCGGCAAAUCGGACCUCGGCACCGGUGCAAUUGUGGGCAUCGCCGUUGGUGCGGCCGCCGGAAUCGGUCUCAUCAUCGGCGCGCUCUGGUUCUUCUUCAAGAAAAGAGCCGGCCGCCGCGACGACGCCAAGCAGCCCGACGGCAGUGUCGCGUCGCCCAACCCCGGCGGCUACAAUGGGUCCAUGUACUCGCCAGCUAUGACGCAGGGCACACCCGGCCCGUACGACGCCGGCAGUCAGGGACAGUACGAUCCGAGCCGCCAGAGCCAGUUCACCUACUUCUCCAACACCCAGGACUCGUUUGGCCAGGGCGGCAGCCCGCCGGCGAUGCACGGCUGGACCGAGCUGCCGCCGCAGGAGCUGCACGCCACCGAAAUUUCGGGCGCGCCAGGGUCGUCGCCGAGUCCGGGCUCCCUGUCUGGCUCGCAGUUGAAGUCGGGAUACAAGCCAGACCUGCGGGAGCUGGUAGAGAUGGAGAGCCCGCCCCCGGCACAUCCAAACGGGGCUCAGGGCACACCUCAAGACGGGCAAACCCCGACACCUAAGUAG